AUGGACAAGACUAAGUUGUUCCAUUGCGAUGUGUGCCUGAGCGACUGCACCAACCGUAUACGUAUUCAGUGUGCGGUGUGCACCGACUACGAUCUCUGCGUGCCGUGCUUCGCGAGUGGCCUGUCCACCGGCGACCACAAGCCGUGGCACGACUACAGCGUCAUUGAGCAAAACACGUACCCGAUAUUCGAGCGUGAUUGGGGCGCUGACGAAGAGCUCAUGUUGAUCCAAGGGUGCGAAACCUUUGGGCUCGGCAACUGGCAAGACAUCAGUGACCACAUCGGCCACCGCACCAAGGAGGAAGUGGCGAAGCACUACCACAAUGUCUACCUCGAGAGCCCAUUAUACCCUAUACCCGAGGUCACUGAUAAGUUUGAUCUGGUGCUGCCUCGAGAAUUUUUGGAGGAACGGAAACAAAGACUCGAGGCGCGCAAGCUGAUGCCGCUUUCAUUGAAGGUGAAGACGGUGGCGUCGACCCCCUUGUGUCACGAAAUCCAAGGUUACAUGCCGGGCAGAUUGGAGUUUGACCACGAGGCGGAGAACGACGCCGAAGUGCCGGUGAAGGAUCUCAUCUUUGACCCCGACGACCUGGCACAGGAAACCGAGCUUAAGCUCACCAUAUUGGACAUCUACAACCUGCGGCUUACUACUAGAGCCGAGCGCAAGCGGGUCAUGUUGUUGAACCACUUAAUUGACUACCGUAAGAACAUCAGUAACGACAAGAAGAAACUGAAGGAAGGUAAGGAGUUGGCGAAGAAAUUCAACGCAUUCAUUCGUGUGCUUACCCCUGACGACUUUGCCGAGUUCUCGCGGGAUCUCCUUACUGAGUUGAACUGUCGAUUGAGAAUACAUCAAUUGCAAACGUGGCGAAUGAAUGGGAUUACGAAACUUGAUGACGGCCACACCUUCGAAAAAGAUCGGAUCAGUCGCGGGGCCGCUCUAGGUCGUAUCGCCAAUGGGUCCAGAAACCCUCAGCAAUUAGGCAUUCGAAAAGUGUACUCGGCUCUGCCAGGACCAGAGUCGGGUUACAAACCAAAGCCGUCGGCGCGGGCGCCUCUCGACAUUUCUAAAGCGGCUGAUUAUGAGUUGUUGUCUGCUGCAGAGAGGCAAUUGUGCAACCUGUUGAAGAUCCUUCCCAAGCCGUACCUUGCCAUCAAAGACCAGUUGCUUAAAGAGGCGAUCAAAAACAAUGGUGUACUUAAGAAGAAAGAUGCCCGUCAACUACUCAAGAUCGAUCAGAAUAAGGCUCUGAAAAUCCAUGACUUCUUCGUCCAAACAGGGUGGUGCUCGCAAGGCUGA